GUUAUGGUCAUGUUGCACCCCUUUCAGAAGGAGGAAAGAUUUUCUGCAUAGUUUACGGAUUGAUUGGAAUUCCAUUAACUUUAAUUCUUUUAACUGCCUUCGUAGAAAGAUUACUUAUACCAACAACUUUAUUUCUUCAGUUCCUGAAUUCAAGACUUGGCCAUCUGUAUCAACCAUUUCAUAUUCGCAUUGGUCAUCUGGUUGGCAUAGGACUCAUUGUUUUCAUCUUCUUCUUUCUAAUUCCUGCCGGAGUGUUUUCGGCACUAGAAAAGAAUUGGAAUUAUUUAGACUCUAUUUAUUACUGCUUCAUAUCUCUGACAACUGUUGGACUCGGUGAUUUAAUACCAGGAGAUAGUUUGAAUCAACCUUACCGACCACUUUAUAAAGUUUGUACUACAGGUUACUUAUUAGUAGGUCUAACAUUUAUGAUGCUCUUCCUGGCUGUGCUUUAUGAUAUUCCUCAACUGAAUUUUGGAAUGUUUUUCUUAAUGAAGAGUGAAGGAACAUCAGAUCCUGAAAAAAUGCGACUACACCCAUCUACCGGUUUGUACGGUCCUAAAUAUACUCAGCAUAUUGAUGAACCAACCAUUCGACAUGUGAAAGCGGUUCCUCACCCACAAUCUUCUUCUCCUGAAGAUAAUCCCUAAGUCCUUUGUUUAUUCUAUUUUAAAUUUAAUUUAUGUAACACCCACUUGUGUUCAAAAAAUUGCCUUGAUUCGUCAGCAGUUGCGUGAUUAUCCAAGGAGAAAAAAAAUGAAGUUUAUAUUUUCUGGAAAGUUUCACCAACUGCAUAAAUUAUUCAAAUGAUAUUAAGUGGUGUACCGACAAACUUCACAAAAAUCAGAAAUUUUUGAUGUGAAAUCGAUUCCAACACUUAUUUUGUUUAUAGCGUGAAAUAUUGCAUGUUUAUGAGUUAGAUUGAAUUUUGUUUCACAUGUCUUAAUUUAGGGGGACUCUAAUACAAAAAAACUAUUAAUGCUAUUCAAUGAUUCAUUUUUUUUUUUUUUGCACCUGUUUUAUGAAGCAAAUAUCAAUAAUCAAAAUAAAGAGCAAAUAAAAAGAGAGCUACAAUUUAAUAUAAAGCAAAAAUUUUAUCGUUUAAAAUUUUAGUCUAACUAUGACAUUUGAAAGGGCAGUGUGAUUUUUUUUUUGUGUAGCAAACAUGUAAAGUGAUUCCUUUUUAUUUAAUUUUUCAUUUAAAAAAUUGUAGAUUAAAAGAAUGGCUAAAAAGGAAAUUUUUCCCUCUGUUCAUUAAAAUGACAAUAGCCCUAUUUUGAAGCCCAAAUAAAAAUAUCAAUAAUAAAAAGAACAUAUCAAUCUGAUAAAAAAAACAACUUAUAAAAUAUAAUAUAGUAUAAAUAAAACAUAUCAAUUACAUUGUUUUUUUGCCGUAAUAUUUUUACCCUUAAUGCUGAAAAUUAGAACAGAAUCGAUUUAAAAUAGCGUUAACCGAAGCAAAGACCAUGAUGAAGGAUGUUUAUGUAUCCUAUUUAUAUAGUAUCACUAAAAAAUUAACGAGCAUGCUUUUUUCAACAACUUAAUUUUCAAAAUAUCAAUUUGUUAAACUUGCAAGGAACUUUCAAAUGUCAUCAAUAUUCAAUAUAAAUUUGCAAAGUUGCAGAACUUUACAAUUAAGAAGUCUAAGUCCUUUUUACAAAGUACAUUGAUGGAAGACAAUUGCUAGAAUCUUUUGUGUAAUUGUUUUCGUUUUUAUAACAGUUUCAAGUAUAAAAUAUAUUUAAAAAUAUAAGCUUUUUACUCAACUAAAAAGUUUUUAAAGUUUAAUAAGAUUAAGUAGGAUUAUUUUUAAAAUUAUUUUAAUUCCAUAUUUUAAUAUUUAUUAAAUUUAUGAAGUAUAAUUGCGUUUUUUUUUUUGAAAAAGCACCCUUAAUCUUAUGAAACCAUGGAACAUAGACAAAUGGUUCUCAAUUUGGAAUUAAAAUUUUUCAAAUAUGUUCUAAAACAUGUUAAUAAACUGUGCUAAUAGAAGUAAAAAAGAAAAAGAAAGACAAAUAGUAAUUUUGUAAAGAUUGAAAUGAAGUCCUCAUGAUAAUUAUAUAAAAAUAAAUUUACAAAAUGAGUACUCAAAAGACAGUAUAUAAAAUUUUUUUUCCUCUCUAAUCUUAAUGCAUUGAGCACCCUUCGACCCCCACAAAAACAUAUUUUUUUUGCUCUUUAAAAUAAUAAUUCGUAAUAUAUUUAUUUAGUUAAGAAUAUCUUGGCUACGCUUUCAGCAGUAAGAAGAGGUUAGAUAAUUUUUAAGGUAGAGACAAAUCUCAUGCCUUUAUUUAUUUUUCUUUUAGCAUUAUUCUCAAUUAAGUAACUACGUUGAGAUGCUCUUUUCAAAUUCAGUUAUUUUAACAACAUGGUAUCGCGUUGUUCAAAAAGUUAUUCAUUCUAAAAAUUAUUAGGUAUUUCAUAUUUCUUAUCAAUCAUUACUAUUAUCAACCGAAAAUCUCUCAGCAAUUGCUAAUAAAUUACUCGCAUUUAAUUCAUAAGCAAAACAGUUAUUUCUAAAAAUAUUUUAUAUUUUAAUUCCUUGCUAAAUUAGUGGGCAGUUGUGUUACAGAUCAUACUUCAAAAUUAUUUAACAAAAUGUACAGGUAUAAGACAAUAUAAUAGGAACACCCAUAUUGAAAUGUGUUGUACUUUGACCAUCAUAUACAGUUUGACCAUGCAUAGCAAAAGUUUGUCAUCUAGAGACUGUAAAAUAGGAAGAAUCAGAGCUUGUCUGUAUGAGUUCACAAAUAAAUUCAGUUCCCAACAAAACACUAUCAUAUAUAACCUGCAAAGAGGCAUGCUUGACCUCACUGGAGUGACCUCAUCUAAAUAGAAUAUAUGACAGACUACACAAAACCGGGAAAGAUAUUCUUCGCAAAGCUGAACUUAAGGAGAAAGACGAAGUUCACCACCUGGGAUAAACGAGUAUUAAAGAGGGUAAUUGUCCAAUAAGAGAACACAACUAUGCCCCAGAUAACCUUCGAGAUGAACAACUUAUCUUCAUAACACCAUAUCCAUCAAAACCAUGUAACAGGAGCUGCAAACAUUUAGAGCAAAGUAAAUAUACCAAAACCGAUCACGUCGCCACAGAAUAUUAAGAAGCAGCAAUAGUGACACAAAGAUUUAAGAUUUCUGAAACUGUAUACAACAUCAAUGGAACAGGUAUUUUAGUCUAACGAAUCAUCAUUUACAUUAUUUUAGACCACCUUGGAUGUGUUUCUCUGGCAAAAACUAACAGAAGCAUUUGAUAUUGGCUGGUUCUUGCUGUGAAGUAUAGAGGGGGUUCUAUGAUAGUGUGAGGUGAGGUCUUGGUGUUGCUUAGUGCCUGUUAAGUCAGAUGCAAGCAUUAUCACAGUAUUCUCUCAGAUCAUUUAUCCCAGUGAUUCAAAUCCUGUUUCUGUGAGAAUGAUCUAUAUUUCAAGAUGACAAUGCCUCUGACAUUGACAUAUGGCUUGCUGUAUUCAAACAUGGUUAGAUAAGAGUGAUGAUGCAGUGGAUCAUCUUAAAUUGUGUCCUCAGACCCCUGAUUUCAAUAUCAUUGAGCUCUUGUGGGUUGUUUUUUUCUCUUGAGUUCCGCACUCAGUUUCUUCCUCCACGCACACUUAUUGAAACUCAAAUGACUGCAUAUUACCUUUAAAAUUUGGGCACACCCUUUCUUUGUCAAUCCCAUGUCAGAUACAAGCUGUAAUUCAGGCCGAUAGUGGUCUAACUCCACAUUAAUAAAAAUUUUGCAUUCUUUUACAGGUGUUCCCAUUUAGUCUUAUACCUGUUAAUGACUAUAGCAGUUUCUGUUGAUAGGAGUUCGGUGAUUGCAGUUUUGGUAUUAUUAAAUUUUAAAAAACUGAAAUUUAGAGCAAAUUCUUAAAUAUGCCUAAAUUUUCUUUUAAAAAAAUUUCCUAUGUGUUUAAGGAAACUUCAUCAAUGAUAUCAAAUUAGCGGUUAGUCUUGCAAGUAAAUUGGACAAAAAUUAAAGGGAUAAAAGAAUCUGAAGGUAUGGCAUUUUUGCAGUAUGCAAACCAAUGCUUAAUUUCUGAAAAAUAAGAAGUUAAAAAGUCCUAAUGCAUAUUAGGCAGAAAUUAGGUAGAAAAUGACAAAGUUGAUAUGUGUUAAUGUUUAUAAAAAAAUAUCCAAUCUAUCCUUCUGAUAUGAAAAAGCUCGAUGAAAAAGAAAAAAGAUUAAAAGUACAGGAUCUAAGCUCCCAUGCAAAUUAAGUUCUGACUAGAAAGAAUUGUCUACAUUUUGAAAAUAAGUGUCAUAUCACAAAACCAUAUUAAUUAUUUAAAAAAAAAAGCACAUUCUCAAAAGUGUAUUCAUUCGAGUAUAUGAGGUGCUAUAUACUAUUCUUUGCCAGAAAUAUUUCGAAAAUAGUCCUGUUUUAAACAAUAUUUCUUUAAAUAAAAGAGUAUUUUGAAAUAUUUUUUGAAAAUUAACUCAAAAAAGGGCUACAAAUAGAUAUUAAUAAAUAUAAAUAUUUUUCGUAAGUGGAUCAAAUGGAAUAGAAUAGCCAUUUUUGGUUAAGAGUCCUCCUUUUUUCAAAAAACACUAUACUAUGCUCAAUGUUAGUACAUAAAAGUACAGUGGAAAACACCUUUUGAUCUUCAUGGUUGGAAAGGUCUACUUAAGGUAUGCUAAUUAAUGAAUGUUAAUGAAUACAAUGUAAAUGCAACAAUAAAUUCUACAAACAAUGGAGGAUAGCUACUAUGUGGUACCCUUGAUCUUAUUCUCACUAGUUGCUUUUUCUUAAUUAUAUCUGGAUUAACUGCAUGAAUCCAAAACUUUUUGCACAAAACAAGAAAAACUUAAUUACUUAAAGAAAUUUUUAUGUAAAAAAUAAUUUUAAUAAACAUUUAUUAUCAUUUGAUACAAUAAUGAUCAAAAUAUUCUGAUCUGAAAGGCAUAAAGACUUAUCCCUCUAACUAUGCAAUCUCAGGGCCAGGUUGGUGGGGCGUUGGGCCCAUGUCCAAGAGGUUGUGAGACCCCACGGGCCACAGUCCCCAUGGGCCUAAGACUCUAUGUGUAGUAAAUGGUGACUGGUGCAGGUUGAAUCUGUCAGAUCAAGCCCUCAAUGUUCCCAUAACAAAUCAAUACCUCAGGGGGUACCGAAUCGGAGAUUGAUUGUUCCCUGGUUCAGGUCAAAACUACAAUCAAUGAAUAAAUAAAUGAAUGGCCCAACUCUAUAAACGUGCGUGUGGCUAAAGUCGUAUUCUUGGCCAUAGAUGGCGCCACUGAAAAACAAGAAAUGCACCCUCUACCUUAAAUUCCCUUGAUUUUGUGAAGAAGGCUUGCUGGUAUUUGGCAAGUAGCAUUAGAAACAACAACACUAUAUAAUCUUAAAAGUAAAAAUCCAUAAGAAAAUAACAAUUAAAGGUUUUCAAGAACUGUUAAUUUAGGAAUAAUAAACUUCUUGGAGUAGCUAAAUUAAUGACAUGUUGAUGCUUAGAUUUAGAUAUAAUGAUACAAAUUUUUGAACUACUUAACUUUAUCAUCUAAACUUUUAAAAGAAUACAUUGGAUAAUUUUUGAAAAAUAAAAAUAUAACUUUUUAUUAAAAAUGUAAGCUUUUUCAAAUCAUUUCGUUGAAUUUACUUAACAAAUUUAAAUAAACUUUUGAAUUAAUGCUAGUUGCAAAAGUAAUGAGAAAGAAAUGAGGAAGUUGCAAAAGUAAUGAGAAAGAAAUUAUUCUUUUUAGCUCAAAUUUUUUUAAUUAUCAAAUAAUCAUUGCUAAAAACAAUUUUUCACAUGAAACUACUUUUGGAUAAACACAUUUUAUAAUAGUGUCAAAAAGAUUUUGAUUUGUGCAAUUAAUUUCAGUAACAUUGGAAACAAAAUAAUAGUAAAACUAAGAUUAAGAAGCUAUCUCAACUACUGCAGCUUCAUUUUUCAAAAUGCUGUAUUAUCCUCUAUAUUUUGAGGGCAAAAUAUUUUAUAAUAAAAGUAUAUUAAUGCAAGGAAAUUACACUUCUUAAUUAAUUUUUGUAUAGCAACAAUCAAUUAGCACAUAAAACUGGUAUCCUUGACACCAUGAAGAUUAGAACUUAGAAAAGAAGCUUUAAUCAUGAUUGUCACACAUUGAAUUGAAACUAGGACUAUUUUGUAGAUUUUCUAUUAGGACUAAAUUUUAUUUUGCAAUUAGAGCGACCAUUUAACAAAAAUUUAUAUUGCCUAUUUUCAAGCUUUUUAUCAGAAGCAUUCUAAUAUUCAUCCUAUUUAAGAACAUCAAGCAUUUUGUUAUUUUCGUAUGCUAAUAAGAACAAGAUUUAUAUUAAACCUAAUUAUGCUUGUAAUUAAAAUUUUUUGAAGGAAUGUAUUGUUGAAAUUCCUUGAACUCUGUAAAUUCAUGCUUACUUUCAAAAUCUGAAUAUUAGCUGUAGCAUUUAAUUUAAAAUUUUUUACUCUUUGUAUUACAAAUUAUACUUAAUGCAAAUUGAUCUGACCGAAAUAAAAGCAAUCAAAUUUUAAUAAAAAGUUUACUUAAAUGUUAACGUUUAAACCGACCAAAAAUUGUGUAAUACUUCAUUAGGGAUCUGCCUACUUCGUUAUCAAGAAGAAUGCUAAUACAUAAAUUUCCUUGAAAAUAUGUAAUAUUAUUUUAAUUUGAAUUGUUAAAUUUCUUUUCAAUUUAUUAAAUGUCACAAAUGCUAGAAAAAAAAUAAUCCACGAUUCAUUUAAUGAGAUGAACAUGAUAAAAAGAUUCUUUUUUAAGCACAUGAAAUUUGAUCAUUAGGUCAAAAAUUAUUGGGGGUGUUACGUUUUUUAUUUUACGCACUGUACAUAUUCAAUUAUUUCAAUCUAAUAGUGUUUGGAAAACAUAACAUUUUCCCAUUUUAAAGAUUAAUGUUAUACAACAAAUAACUUAGUAAAUGUUAUAAGAGGAAUAUAUACAUUCCAUUAUCAUCGCACACAUAAAAACCUCUUGUCUUUAUAAAAAUGAUCUCCCAACAAUUAAACUAAUUUGAGAUUACUGUUGUGUGCGCUGUUGUUUGUGAAAUUUUUAAAUUUUAUGACUGAUGAAUAUUUUGUGAUCUUCUUAUCUAGUCACUAGUUAUUUAUAAAAAUUUGGUAUUUAUUGAAUAAAGCUUAAAUGUUCAAACUUUA